AUGUGGAAGAAGCAGCUCAACUCAAUCUCCCCGCUUUCGAUCAAUCUCCUCCGCCGGAAUCGUAUUCCUUCUACUUCUAUCGCCGCCGCGCCUUCCUCUACCGGAACCACUUUUCAACAAAACCCUCUUCCCGAUUUUGCCCCUCCUCGUUCUUCUUCCCACGAAUUCCUUCUACAAGAUAAUUGCUUUUCUUCAAAGAUAUUUUCUUCUAGGGCUUUCGAGAACCAAAAGCUCCAAUUAGGUCUAACAGUCCAAAAAUCGAAACUUUUCUGCUCGGUGUCAGCUUCAACUUCUCCUGAAUGUGUAAAUUGCUGGAAUUGCAAUGCCGCACCUCCCAAUUCGGCGCCGUUUUUGUUCUGUCAAAGUUGCCGCAGCGUUCAACCAGUUGACCGCUCCGUUGAUUUCUUCCAGAUUCUUGGAAUCCUGAUGAGUAAUGACAUGGCAUUCGAGAAAUGGGGGAGUAAUGACAUGGCAUUCUAUUCUCUCUCUCUGCAGGUGCACGAAAAAUUUGAGUAUUGGUCUAAAGCCUUCGCAAAGGCACUUGAACAAAGGAAGAAUGACGAAGCUUUGGAUUCUAUCCAGAAAAUGACUUAUUACAGGCGUGCGAAAGAAGAGAUCACUAAGAAACUUUGA